CUCCGUGCUCUCCGCGGUGUUUAGGGAGGCGGACCCCUCAGGCCCUGAUGGUGUCGGGAUAGUGUAGGUGCCCGCAACUGCUUUCCGCAGCUUUCCUCUUGCAAGAGGCGCUCCGGCUGUGGCUUGAAGGCUGUAUUCAGGAGAUUGCCCGGUUCCCGGGCCCUUUCCCGCCCAGACAGCCCACGUUGAGAUAAAACCAUGGGGGUCAAAGUGCAACGUACUCGUUGUUUUUUUGACAUAGCCAUCAACAAUGCGCCUGCUGGAAGGGUUGUCUUUGAGCUGUUUUCAGACGUUUGCCCGAAAACUUGUGAAAACUUUCGCUCCCUCUGUACAGGUGAAAGGGGAAUUGGGAAGAGCACACAAAAGCCAUUGCAUUACAAAAACUGCAUGUUUCAUAGAGUUGUAAAGGAUUUUAUGAUUCAGGGAGGAGACUUUAGUGAAGGAAAUGGAAGAGGUGGCGAAUCUAUUUAUGGAGGGUUCUUUGAAGAUGAAAACUUCUCCAUUCAGCACAACAAAGAAUUCCUACUCUCAAUGGCCAACAGAGGAAAGGACACAAAUGGAUCACAAUUUUUUAUAACGACUAAACCUACGCCUCACUUGGAUGGGCUUCAUGUUGUUUUUGGCCAAGUCAUUUCUGGACAAGAUUUAGUGAGGGAGAUUGAGAAUCAAAAAACAGAUGCAUCCAGCAAACCAAGUGUAGAUGUUAGUAUACAGAACUGUGGGGAGCUCGUCCAGAAAUCUAAAGCCAAGAAAGAGAAGAAAAGACAUAAAUCCUCCUCAUCUAGUGGUUCUGAGGACUCCAGCGACUCCGAUUCAUCAUCCGACUCAUCCUCUGAUUCCAAAAGUGAGGGUGAGGAGAAGCUGAAAAAGAAGAAAAGGAAACACAAGAAAAAUUCCAAGAAGCAGAAAAAGGAGAAAAGGAAGAGGAAAAAAUCUAAGAAAAGUUCUGACGAAGAUGAAAAUGAAGAUCAGGAGCUCCAAGUGUCAUCUACUGUCCGUCCAGAGGAAAUCCCAACAAUACCUGAAAACAAGUUUUUAAUGAGAAAAAGUCCUCAAAGAGAAGAUGCGAAAGAAAGCCAAAGGAAUGACCGAGAGAGGGAGCGUGAAAGCAACAUGCAAGCAUCCCUUUACCAGAGGAGGUUAUUGGUAACCAGAUCUGGAAGAAAAAUAAAAGGAAGGGGGCCUAGGCGUUACCGCACUCCUUCCAGAUCUAGGUCAAGAGAUCGCUUUAGAAGAAGUGAGACCCCUCCACACUGGAGGCAGGAAAUGCAGCGGACGCAAAGAAUGAGAUAUUCCAGUGGUGAACGCUGGAUCAAAGGAGACAAGAGCGAAAUGAAUGAUAAGGACAAUCAGAAGAGCCCAGUGAGGGGAAGGGAACGGAAGUCAUCUGAUCAGAGGCCAGUAUCGGAAAGCCCCAGCCAAAAAGGGGACCGGGAAAAACAAAAAGAUCACAAAUCAGCCAGCAAGGAGAGAGAUUUAAAGAAAGAUGCUGAAAAGGAAGAAAGACCUAAUAAAAGCCGGAGCAGCAAAAGGACAAGGUCUGAAAGACGAAGUGAAAGUAAAGAAAACUCAAAAAGUAACAAAGAUUCUAAACACAGCAAACAUGAUGUGAAAGCAAGGUCAAAAAGCAAAGAGCGAGCCCAUGAAAAAGGUAAGGAAAAGAACUCUAGUGAUAAAGCUAAAGAAAAGGAUAGGAGCAAAAGCAGGGAACGAGUGAAACACUCUUCAUCAAAAAACGAGAGGGCAAAAAGUAAGGAGCGAGAGAAAACCAGAGAGCGACAAGGAAAAUCAAGGAGUAGGGAACGGGAGUCUGCCAGAACUAAGCAUGGCUCCAACAGCAGAGCUAAAGAGCGCAGCAAAAGCCGAGAGAACAGCCGAAGAGCAAGGUCCAGAAGUCAAGACGAUACGCGUACCAGAAGUCGAGACCAUGCUAAAAGCAAAGAUAGGGAGACCAAAAGGAGGGGUAGGUCCAGAAGCAGAGACAGGAAAGGAACUCCAGAUAAAUCCAAGAAUAAAGAAAGCAAGAGCAGGGAUGACUCGAAAGAUUCCAACAGAGAAACGAGUCAGAGCAAGAGUAAAGAUUCCCUUAGAAAAGAUGAAAGCAAACAUUCUCGUAAAUCUAGUGAGCAUGAAAGCCAUCAAAGAAGGCGGUCCAAGAGCAGCAGCCCAGAGAACAGGCAUUCAAAAAAAGGCAGGGAUCGUGAUAGAAGUCCAGACUCUACAAACAUACACGGCAAAGAGCGGGAAGAUCGAUCUUCUACCCAUAGGAACAGGGAUAAAGAUAAGACAAGGAAAUCUUCCCACGAUGACAAGGAAACAAGGAAAAAAUCAAGGAGCCGCGACAGGGAUUUGUCCAACACAAAAGAUAAGAAAAACCAUCAGUCAAGUCCCGCAAGUGUCGAAAAAUGAAGUGUAAAUAAUAUUUUGGUUCCAUGCUCUGUUUAUUUUUUAGAAGAUCUACGUACACUGAGGGAUUUUUUUUUUUUUUUUUGUGUUCUGUCAUACUGGACUUUUAGUUUCACCUUUUUGAUAAGCCUCAUUCUGGAACGUUUGUAUUGCUGAAGUUUUAAUAAACUUUCAAUGAAAAAAGAAA